GCUUGCGGAGCCUACGCCGACGGCGUAGCGUUGUGGCUGGCUGGCGGCGGAGUGGUGAGGGGAGGCGAGAGGCGGCGUGAGGCGAGCCGGGCCGGGGGCGCCGCCAUGGGCAGGCGGCCGCGAGGCAGCGGGGCCCGGCGCUGAGGGCCCGCCGAGCUGGGAGCCCAAGGAGCUGCGCCGGGAGGACCCUCUCCACAGGAUGUUCUCUCCACCAAAGACCUCCCUGUAACAGGCGACGAUGACAAUCCCGGCAGGACCUUGGGAAGCACUAACAUUUCAGUAGCCCAGCACCCUUGUGUGGCCGCCUCCCCGACCUCCUCCACCCCCUGCCCUCCCACUGCUCCCCGGGAUGGUGUAUUAACCAGGAAGAGCCCUGCUUCUGUCCUCCUCACCCCUCAACUUUCGGCAGCUCUGGGAUUUGUAUGGCAGCAGCGUAACCGUGGAGAGGCCGGGGUAUCACAAACUUAUGGAUUUUGAUAAGAGAGGAGGGAAAGGGGAGCUGGAGGAAGGUAAAAGGAUGUCCAAGGCAGGUGGAGGAAGGAGCAGUCAUGGAACCCGGAGUGCUGGAACCAACUCGGGAGUCUUAAUGGUGGGUCCCAACUUCCGGGUCGGCAAGAAGAUUGGAUGUGGCAAUUUCGGAGAGCUCCGUCUAGGAAAGAACCUCUACACGAACGAAUACGUAGCUAUCAAAUUGGAACCCAUAAAAUCCCGAGCCCCCCAGCUGCACCUGGAAUACCGGUUCUACAAACAGCUCGGCAAUGCAGAAGGAAUUCCUCAGGUUUACUACUUUGGGCCCUGUGGGAAGUACAAUGCCAUGGUGUUGGAGCUGCUAGGACCCAGCCUAGAAGAUCUCUUUGAUCUGUGUGAUCGGACCUUCACGCUCAAGACUGUCCUGAUGAUCGCAAUCCAGCUGAUCACACGGAUGGAGUAUGUCCACACCAAAAGCCUGAUCUACAGAGACGUCAAGCCAGAGAACUUCCUGGUGGGGCGGCCGGGCAGCAAGCGGCAGCACACCAUCCACAUCAUCGAUUUUGGCCUGGCCAAAGAGUAUAUUGACCCCGAGACCAAAAAACACAUCCCCUACCGAGAGCACAAGAGCUUGACAGGGACAGCACGCUACAUGAGCAUCAACACCCACCUUGGGAAAGAACAAAGCCGCAGGGAUGACCUGGAAGCAUUAGGGCACAUGUUUAUGUACUUCCUCCGUGGGAGCCUUCCUUGGCAAGGCCUCAAGGCUGACACACUAAAGGAGAGGUAUCAGAAGAUCGGCGACACCAAAAGAGCCACUCCAGUGGAGGUGCUCUGUGAGAACUUCCCAGAGGAGAUGGCCACAUACCUGCGCUACGUGCGGCGCUUGGACUUCUUCGAGAAGCCUGACUACGAUUACCUGAGGAAGCUCUUCACAGACCUGUUCGAGAGGAACGGUUACGUGUUCGACUACGAAUACGACUGGGCAGGGAAACCCCUGCCCACCCCCAUUGGCACGAUGCACAGCGAGGUGCAGGUGCAGCCCCCGAACAGAGACAAAGCACAGCCACACACCAAACACCAGCCGCCCGAGGGGACGGAGCUGUGGGAUCCUCAGGCCGGUGGGCAGCCUGCCCAGGAGCCUUUGGGAGCUCAGCUGGCAGCCGGCAGGCUCGGGGGGUCCGUCCAGGUGAUGAGCUCCACCAACGGAGAGCUGAACACGGAUGACCCCACGGCAGGACAUUCGAACGCGCCCAUCACAGCCCCCACUGAGGUGGAGGUGACAGACGAUACAAAGUGCUGCUGUUUCUUCAAGAGGAGGAAGAGGAAAACCACCAAGCGCCGCAAGUGAGCGGCCGGUCCCUCGGUGGCUCCUCUCCCUCUGCCCGUGGCUGGAUGUGUCCCGCGGAGCCGGUGCUGGCCCCUGGGCUCGGCCGGGGCCGGAGGGGGGGUCCGAGGCUGCCGGGCUCCCCCGUGCGGGGGGCGGGGCCUCCCUGCUGCGCGGCCCCCGCGGCUCCCGCGAGCAAAGAGAAAAGAGAAAAAGAAGAAAAAAAAGAAAAAAAAAAUAAAAAAAAAAAGAAAAAAAUUCCCAGAUUUCGGCCCCGGCGGCUCCGGAGGCUCCGGCUGCACACGGGGAUGGGCCCGGCCCCAGGCGGAGCUGGGGGGGCUGUUCUCCCCCUUUCCCCCCCUUCUUUCCGUUGCUUCUCUGUCUCUUUAAGUUAAUUUAAAGUGAGUCUCGGUGCCGAGUGCGGAGUCCUCAGUCCUUGCCCUCAGCUGCAGCCUCCUGCCCCUGUUCCCGGUGGGAUCCCUGCGCUCGGUACGGGGACAAGCGCCAGGGCCGGGAACCGUUUACAGACCACGUCACGAUGCACUUUGUGAGCGACCCAGGCGAGUGUGGGGCUGGGGGACGUGGGGCAGGACCAUGGGCACCAGCCCCACUGCCGGAGCCGCCUGGCUGAGACCAAAGGGACCGGUGAGCAGCGCAUGGAAGAGGAGCAGGAGCCGGCUCAGCCGCAAUGGGGCUGGAUGCGCUUCGGCAGCAGCGUUGGGUCAUUGGGGCCGCUGUGGCUGUGGGGUUUUCUCAGCCUCUUUGGUGUUAACAGAGCCUUGGGCCAUGGGGCUGCCCCACGGUGCCAUGGAGGAGGCACAGGGUAAGCGUGGCCAAUGGUGAAGGGCGUUGGGGUGGAUGGAGCUGCUGUGUGGUUUCACCUCUGUCCUGCCUGCACUGGGCCGGGGGACACUGGAGUUGGUUUCCAGCUUUCACAUGGACACACAUGGACACACACAUGGACACCCCAUCCACUCCCCCUGGUUCUCGUCACCCCCAGGGCACUGCAGCUUCCCCACGUGAUGGACCCGUGCGCUGUUGUGUGUAUUGAUCAUGGCACAUUGCGGGGGGUGGCGGGAGGGCACACUUCUCUUUACCAAAACCCUGUUGUU